AUGGCACAGCAGGCUCUGGAGAGCUCAAUAUCUGGCCGCUCUGAGGCUGUCAAGCUGUUCCAUGACGCCACUGACAAAGUCAACUUUAAAGCUCGGGGCAAGGGCGCAAACACCCCCUUUAUUCUGGAGAGCAGGGGUUUGACUCGAGCAGAGACCAUGUCCUCUCUGCUGGAGCGCCACUCAGAGAUCAGACAUCUGAUGGCUCAGGGGGAGCUGGUGCCAGACACCAUGGUUGGUGAUGCGCUGCUAGAUGUCAUUUUUGACCCAGACGUGGCAGAUGGUUCGGGCUUGGUCAUUGAUGGCUUCCCCAGGACGGCCCUGCAGGCUGACUUCCUGAAGAUGCUGUACGACAAGAUGACAGAGCUGCACAUGGCGCACGCCGAUGGACCAGAGGAGUGGAGGUACCCACUGCCCAGCUUCAAGGUGGUGGUGCUGUAUGUGGAGCAGGAGGAGAGUGUGCGGCGACAGAUGAUGCGUGCGACAAUGGUGGCCAAGCACAACACGCGCGUCCUCGACGCGGGCGCAGGGCAGCUCUGGGAGCUGCGCGCCACCGACGUUGACUCCGCCAAAUGCCGCCGCAGAUAUGACGCGCACUACAGCACUCUGCUGCGCCUGAAGCAGUACUUCCCCUUCUCGCUCAUCGACGCCAUGGGCAGCCUGGAGGAGUGCAAGGCCCAGAUUGCGCGUGAACUGCGCUACCAGUCCUCCCUCGACCUCGAUGAGGCCACCUACGCCGCCAUCAGGCACCUGCCGCUGGCGAAGGACCUGGUGCGCUCCUCAAGGCAGCAGCUGGUCGCCCACCUGGACGGCUACGCCAAGAGGAACCGGCCCCUAUUUGAAAAGGUGGUGCGUGUGAUUGACACGGAGGCCGUGCCGCUGCUGAAGCGCUGCAGCCUGGCGGGCCACGCGGAGCUCAAGACGCGCAACUCCAUCUUCGCGGAGCAUGCCAUCGCAGCCGACAUGUUCAUAGACGUCCUCACAGACCGCGGCUUCUCCGUUGCCCAUGUCGUCGACGAGCAGAUCGUGCCAGUGCAUGUGGACCUGCAGACUGGCAAGGUGGAGACGCGUGUGGACCGGGUGAAUCAUUUCAGGAUCACAUUCGAGACGCAGGGGGUGAGGGACGCGUCGUCGCUGGUGGCCAGCGCUUCCAAGGAGGCGCUCGAUUCCGUGCGCAAGAUCGCCAUCGGGCAGACGCUCGUGCCGACGCACAUGUCGCGCGACCGCUUCGAUGACAAGUCAGCCUACGCCGCGGCCGCCGCUGCUGGCUGCGCGCCGCAGCUCGACCUGCGCUCGCCCCUGAACGCCGAAGGCGCCGCAGCCGAGUUGGAAGAGGAGGAUGCUGGGCAGCGGCUUGCCUUGUCACGCGACAAAGACAAGUGGGAACAGCAUUUCGUGCAGCAGGAGGCACAGCAGUCUGCCCAGAAUGGGGGCAUCAUUGGCUACGAAAAGGAGGCUGUAGGAGCCAAGCCUGACCCUAUAUAGGCAGGACGCGAGGAAAGCUCCACCAAUGCAUGCUGCAUUCACUAGAAGUGUUUAAUUAGCGACAUGUACAUUGAGAUACCCAGCCGCCAAACUUGGGAGGCUGUGUUGAGGAAUUGAUUUAUUCCGGUCCGCUCCAGCACUAGCUCGAGACUAAUCCCAGAAUGCUGAAUUAGCAGGAUUGAGCAAUGCAGCACUGAAAUUGUUGGGAGCAGCCUCUACUUCAAGCUUUGUACAGUAGUAUCUUGUCCGAGCUGCCCUUGGAAUGAGGUAUGGCCUACUGCAAACGGACCCAACUGACUGUAGACUGCAAGUCAAACUAGAGCUGCCAUGAACAUCAUUAGAUGAUCCUGAAGCCAGUGCUACAAACCACAGCGACUGCGCCGCAGCACUUGUACAGAUGCAGAUGCAGCUGCAGCACCGGUGCAGGCCUGGCUGCAAUCCGGGGUUCUGGCUGUUUGUAUCUGAUAGAGGACCAUGGGUUUGACAACCUUAUAUGCCAGAUCCGCAAAAUUACUUGACGAUCAGUAGGCUUGUUUAAAGUGAUCUGCAUGUGGGUUCGGGCACAAUCGUGGUAUUUUGCUGUUGAAAAUGCUGCUGGUAGAAGGGGAACAGGACAUGGGUGUUGUGCAAAAUGCUCUUGUUUCAUCAACAUGCAAGACUCUUUACGUAGCAGGGGGUGUAAACGGACUUCUAGAAUC